CCUCGGACGCCGCCCUGCCCUUCAAGAACACGUUCUGUCAGCCAAAAAUAUCUCCGCAGUGAAAACUAUAUAUACUGCCCGCUGGCAGAAUUCACUUCUGUCUUCUGCUCCCUGAGUGUCGACGCAGUUCCUCUGAAGAAGUCCGCGGAGAAAACCGAAUCGUCGCAAACAAGCGGAGAAGAAAACAGCCUGCACAGCGUCCUCACGAUCACGACCAUGACACUGGCAACUUCUGGAGCAAAGGGUGCGGCCAUGGUCACUCUCUUGCUGGUGGCCAUGACGGUGGUCUGCGUCCCCGGCGCCCAACCCCGUAGUUUCACCCAAACCGAGAUCGCCCAGCUGGACCGGUUUGUGAUGGAGGUGAUGCGAUGCGCGAGAAUCCCGGCGCUGAGCCUGUCGCUGGUGUCAGACGACGACGUGGUGUACGAGAAAGGCUAUGGAACGGCCAACCCCACCACCAGAACCCCCACCACCAAGGACACGGUUUUUUGCUUGGGCUCAUUCACGCAAUCCUUCACAUCGGUUCUUCUAGCAGACUUGUUAUCCAGAAAUGAAAAUAAAACAUUUGAAACCCCGCUGAGGGACAUCAUGGGAUCGCGCAUACACCUCCCUGGGCACUACCGCGCUGACCUCGUCAACCUGAAGGAUAUUCUGAGUAUGCGAACUGGACUGAGCAACAUGGAUAUCAUAGCGACGGCUGUUGGCGUCAACCGCUACCGGCUCAUGGAGCAGAACCUUCGCUUUGCGCCGGAAGUCACCAGCUUUCGUGAGUCGUACGUUUUCAAUGAGAUACUAUUUUCCUUGGUGGAGGAGGCUGCUCGAGCACUGGGUGGUAACACGUGGUACAGGCUUUUGCGCCAGCAUGUCUUUAACCGUCUGGGCAUGGAGAACGUGGCCUUUGUGCAUAUGGAUGCAAAAGAAAAUAAUAAGCUGGCUUCACCCGUGCAUAGUCUCAAUGGCAAGCCUGUGCAAGUGCCCAUGGAUGCAUACAAGGGACAGGAACUCGUGGCUGCUGCCUCAUCGGUGUGUGCCUCGGCCAGUGACAUGACUCGGUGGAUGCAGUUCAUCCUCAGUGGAGGGAAAAAAGAUGACUCACAGGUGAUGAGGCGAGACGUCCUGCAGAACACCUUCCAGCCCGUCCAGCCCCGACCCAGAGGCAGCACCCGCCUGACAGGUUUCUCGCAGCCUGACAUCCAGGUAUCCUACACCCGGGAAAGCAACAGUCUGGGCUGGAUCAACGGCCACUAUCGGGGGUACGCGUUCGUGUCGCAAGAAGGUUCUCUGCCGGGAUACGAAUCCUUGAUCACACUUCUUGUCGACCGUAAGGCGGGCGUGUUCACAGCGUUCACAGGCGACGGAGGGGCUCGGGCCUAUGCCGCUAAGACUCUAAUCAACACUUUUGCCCUCGACAUGCUUCUGCAGGGAAACCCGUGGGUAGACUCGACUUCCGUCUGCCACGUCAUGGAUACGAUGACGGACAUGACCAGGCGGAGCGAGCCCCACCCGACCCGCGUUUCCGCAAUGAGCGAGCCAAUUCGUCCAUUGGAGGACUACGAGGGUACAUACCGCCAUUACGGGUAUGGUGAUGUCUUUAUCAGACGCAAUGGAAGUGAACUUCAUCUGGAAUACGGGGAGCUUGGGCGCUACAUCCUGACUCCAAGCUCACGAAACGAUACCUUUAUUAUUCAGGCGAACUCCGGUCCACUGUGGUACACCACGAACGCUGAUGAAUACCGCAGCAAGGGACCUUACCUCGCCUUCUUCGACAACCGCUACAACGACCCCGAGCGUCGUCCAGAAACUGUUACCAUUCCUUUCUUUUCCAGCGACAUCGCCCCUGUCUUCAGCAAACACCCCGUGCGGCCUGUCGAGUCGGAACAGGAAGACGUCGAAUGCGACGCAUGCGCAAACUUCAUUUCCGUGCCUCUUAUUCUCACAGCAGCUAUGUCUACCAUGGUAGUUUCUCUUAGGUAAUUCACGAGUUAGUGUUUAGUCGGUAAAUAAAUUGUAAGAAAAUGAAACAUUUUUGUGCGCAUCAGGAGUUAAAUAAUUUAUGUUUUGGCUUGUGGUGUUAUUGGACUCACAGUCUCAUCUACUGUUUUCAAGACUUAGAAAUCAUCACAUUAUUAAACUUUUAUUAAACCAAAAAAGGAACUAAAUUAAAAGAAUAACUUUUUUGUUUGUUUGGAGGACGUUUAUACUAAACUAUACAUUAUUAAUGAUUAGAUAAAGUCAAGACUAAUAGUUUGAGUCUUCAUUACACAUUGACCAAGAGAGAAGGAAGAAAUGGCAAAGACCUUUCAAGAAUCAAAAGUGUUUCUGAAGAACCUAGGGCACUCAGCCCCUCGCCAAAACAUGGCGUCGAGUCUUGGAGUAUUGGUGAUGUAGAGUGGCUCACCAGACUCGGACGUCGUCGUUAAGAAGCCAUAGCACUUCGUUCUAAUUCAUUAUCUCUAUACAUUUCAUGGUUUGAUAAAUAAUCAAAGUUUUUCCAGAUCUGGUUAUUGUUGUUGCUGUGAACUUCUGGUUCUGCCAUGUUUGUAGGAUGAUUAAAGAUGCUUUGGUCUGUCAGUUACAGGGAAAGGUGUUCUCUCUACUUUUGCUGAUCAGGCAAGAAUAUUUUCCUUCUGUUGGCGCCUAGCUUAGCUUAGCACAGAUGCAGAAAAUUUCAGGCUACAGAAGACUGCAAAGAAUUAAAGAAGAAGUUAACCUUGCCUGGCAGGAACGUUUUGUGACGAGUCCCUAGUGUUACUAGCUCAUUUUAAAAAAAGCAAGCAACAACAACAAAAACCGACAAAAUAAAAAUCGCGUAUCUGUGUACUCUGCAAUGUCAAACCACUUAAAAUUCCCGAUUACCUCAUAAAUACUCCUGUGAGUAAACAUAUUUUUUGUCAUGAAAUAGGACAUGUCACUUGAGAUAAACUUUCGUUUUUACAAUGCACGAAUUCUUGUUGAGCCAGAUAGCAAGACAGCGAUUGUAGGUAGGAAGAUAGACAACCCACAAUUAGACGUGAGUGAAAUGUUAAUUAUUACCUGUUCUUUUGUUUACAGUAGUCUGCGAGUAUUUUAUAGAUAGAGUGUCUGUUUCCUACAAAAAAACAGCGCACUAAUCUUCCGUUUGUUAGCAGGGUGUAUACCUCCAUACUCCGUCCCCCACAAACACACUUUUGGAACAAUAUAAAAGAGGAUUUUUAUAGUUUGUAUUAGCAUCAAAUGAUCUCUUGUUUUAAGAGUUUACCUUAUUCUAUGUGGGCAUUAUGAUUUGUUUGAUAAUUGAAAAGUUUGUACCACAUAAAAUUGUUUUUAACAUAAGCAAGAUAAAAGGGAUAUAGACGUUGAAGAAAACAGCUUCUUAUGAGAUUACCAUGUGAGUAAUAAUAUAAUAAUGCACAUACAUUUUAUCUUUCCUUUGAUAUUACCAUUUACAUUGGAAUCUAUAAUUUCUCUGUAUACACAGUUUUGCUUGCUGUAUACCACUUAAUAUGUAAACUUCAUUGUCUUUCAGUUUUAAAUGCCCAGAGAUUUCAACAUAUUUUGAAUUAAAGCCUACAGUUUUGAGUGUA